AUGGCCGGUCAGGGAGACUACGUGCACAAGAUUUGGUCAUUAUCCAGUCAACGCUUCUUAGAGUUAGAACUGCCCGAGGAUCCACCUUCAGAAAAGGAGCAGGGGAAAAGUAUUUUUAUUUUCUCUUAUUUCUAUUGAUGUGCGAAUUCCAGCGUAAAUUUAUUUGCAACUGCAACGUAAACGUAUAAUUGUCGCAUUUGCUUUCAAGCUCAAAAACAAAAACUUCCAACGAGCUACUGCGACAGUUAUAAGCGCAUGCAAACAAAUACACCCCAAAAAUGGUCAAUAUACAAAAACCGGCGGUGACAGGGUGAUGUGCGACCCUUAUCCAUAUGGCCUAUCAGGCGAUGUGCCGCUGGACACGGUAUGGUUUUUUUACCUCUUUGUUUCCAAACAGGCGCAAGUCUGUCCUAAGCAGGGUAUUGUCCGCACGAUUGAUUUGAUUUUUGAUAGAAGACGAAAUUCACUUUCUUUUUAAUUGUUCUAAAUACCCUUUAAUUAAUUUUGAUUCCAAAUACUACCCAGUUACCUGUGAAUGAUCAAUGAACUGAUGAACACAUCUAAUUACUAUAUUAAUUUACAAUUCGUGAAAUAUAUUUCAGCUUGCUUUGACUUUCGUGACGAAAUAUUAACAUUGUAGUUUAAUUGACCGGUGAUUAAAUUUUAGUUUUUAUUCUUAAACCAUAAUUAUAAAUAGCUUUUGCAAUACUCUAUGUACUUGUAUGGUCCCGCAGAAAAUGACUAUAAACAAGACGGCGUACAUUUUGAAUCCUCGUCCAAAACAGGACAAAAACAUGUGGCUUUUGUCCUAAAAAGGGUCAGGGUCUCAAACCCUCAGCGGCUAACCUAUACUCAAAUAGUACCACCUGGUAGCACCGUGGACAACUUUUAUAGACUUUCUAGGCUUGUUUUGGUGCCUUUGUUUAAUUUUUUUUGUGUGUGCGUGCUUGUGUGUGGAUUUUGUUCCAAGAUGACUGUAGAUGAGUAAGUUGUUUUACCUAAUAAUUUAUAUAUACUGUACAUUUUCAUUCAGAAACCUAUAAUGCCAUCUUCACUGGAACAGGGAAAGAAGAUUUGAGUGAGUCACAAACAUUUUUAUUUAUUUAUUUAUUUAAUUAUUUGUAAUUUUGAUGUACUAACUCAAGAAUAUGCAAUAUGCGUGAGCUAUUAAGCAGCCUGUUGGAUUUUACAACCUCAUUGUCGGUUUCUACUUGCUAUUAAUUAUUGGUGCUAAUGGUAUGUGUUAAUGACAUAUUGCGGAUUAUAGAUUGAGUACACUGAGUCUUGUGCAGAGAACAGGCUCUUUGGGUUAAGCAUUAAUCACGAAAAACAUCGAUGCACCACUUUAGAAACGAGAAGGGGACUGGAGGGGAAAUAUGUGUCCCGUAAUUUUUUAGGAUCUUUACUGGGGACGAGCCGGUCUACUAUAGAUCGUUUUCACUGUCACGCAACAAAAAAGUAAAUUGGAAACCGUCCAGUGGAAGAAGCCAAGAAAAUGACAUGCUAUAAAAGACUAAUAUAUCAACAAUUUGUCCAAGUCUCAGGUCUUUGUGGCCCAUAGUUUCUGAGUUAUUUGCCGAAACGUUUCACGCACCUUUGUACCGUUUUGGUGCACCAAUAUGGCCGCCGGAAAUCAACAAAAACAUCUGGAGUUCACUUUUUCUAUAAUAGCUCUUUCUUUUCACUCGAGAACUAGCAUACGUACGCAUAGACAUAUCUUUUAAUACUUGAAGUGGUUAUACUGCUGAAAAUCAAGAGAAGAGACUUUUUUUCAACGAGACAGCAUUCCUAUUUUGGUGUCACGCACUGUGAAAACUCGGAAGUUCAAAUUGCUGUAUUUUCGAAAUGAAACAUGCUACAUAAAUGGAAACUUGUACAAAGAUAUACUUUUUGUUUAUCUUCAACCUAGUGUAAAUACGAAUUCGUAAAACCUUGCUAUUUUGACUUUACAAUUUGAUGACGUCACAGUGAAAACCAUCUAUUGGCCAUUUUUCCCCUGUUCUUAGUAACAGUCCCAUAAUUCUUUGCGCAGUUAGCUCGACCCAAUUUCUUUUUACUUUCUUAACUGACGACUUCUGAAGAAAAUCAUUCUGCAUUAGGAUCCCCAUCAUGGGCUUAAUAGUAGUACUACAAUUUACUUCCAAAACCUUUUUAUUACCUUGUCCUUCUAGCCCAAAGUAAGUUGCCAAAAACGGAUUUAUUUUUCUUUUUUUAUACUUAGGCAAAAUAACUUUCAAGAAAAAGACUCUGAUUCCACACGUAUUUGUAUAUUACCUGGUAUUUCAAAAGGACUCAGAAAACUACAGCAUGGAAAUUGAUGAAUUUGGCGACGACACUGAUGUAUUUGUGAAGGUGAGUGAACACUAUCUUAAAUAAUUGACAGAAUAUUUUAAAACAAGUCUCAAAUUAUAAAGAUCCAGAUUACAAAGGAAUGGUGAUUGUGGGGCUCCCUUCUUGUAGUCUUUUAUCUCACGACCACUAGAAAUACGUUGAUCGCAAAAACUCGUAAAGCUCAGGGGAGGGAAGGGUGGCCCCUAAAAUGUGAAGGGUCUGCAAUUAGAAAAAUGUUUAUGUUAGGUUACGGUUCUCAGAUGAUGUUUCACUUCCCAGCAUCUGCUCGCAGAAACACUUUGCCGACAACUUGUUACCACUUAUUCUAGAAUUCCAAUUCUCAAAGCCAUUAAUCAUUCAUAAAGAAAAUACAAGUUAAGGAAAUUUUAAAUGUUUAAUGAGUGUUUAGAAAUCAGAUGAAAAUUGCUCUCCUUUGUAUCCUUAAUUUCUCGUUCUAGAAUCAUUUUGUUUGAGAAGUAAUAUCAAGCAUUCGACACAGUGUUUCAUAAACUGUUAAAACACCUCGAAGUUCAUUAAAAAUGUUCCGCUGCGCGUCGUAUUUUCAACUCUCUUCAUUGUGUUUCAUCUAGUGAUGAAACAGUGCGUCUCAUGCUUGAUAUAUUACAUAACUGUGUAUUUGGAUAUUUUAUCUCAACAGCGUAUGAAGCCAGACAAGCCUCCAAAUCCUUCUAUAACAUUCAUCCCCCAGACAAUAUCCAACGGACCUUUCUCGGCUUUGCUUGCUGUGAAGCCAGCCUGGACCAGUGGUGAAAUAGAAAGAUACGUCAAUAAUAAGUCCUGUGAGAAAAAGUACCUUUGUUCAAGGUGCGAUGGGACUUUGGCCUUGAAGUCAAACAAUACAGAUGACAAGGGCUUGCCCCUUAAUCCCCAUCCAGAUAUAUUCUUUCUUGAAAUAGAUGCCUAGAAACUGCAUUCUAAGGAAUUUUUCUCCAGUUCAAUCGAGUUAAGAGUGAAUAAAUAGAGAAAAUAAACUCACUUAAGGUAAUUCCCCUGUAAAGGUA